CCUUCCAUGGCGACAAGAAGACCCCUGACAUUGAAUAUUGGAUUUAUUAGUUUAUAAAUGCAUGCAACUAAUUUAAUGUCAUGAUGAAGUAAAAGUUAAUGGGUUUUACAAAAAUGAAAUGGGGAAAAGAAGCCGAUACAUGGACGCUGAUCUAACAUUUGUUCCAAAAAUCAGUGCAACAAGUCAACGGAUUGCACUUGAAAAGCGCCAUAUUUUGGAAAAUAGUUAUGGGAUACCUCAUUUCAUGUUGGAAACAAAGAGCAGGUUAAAUACUCGUGAACCGCUAGGACCCAUUGUUGCUAUCACUGCUCACCAGUCAAAACCUAGAUGUACAGAAUCAAUGUCAGAUGUAAAAUGUUCGAACAAGAAAGUAUUUCAUAAGCUUUCUUCGGAAUUUGAAGACCCAGACUCAGACUGUGCAGAAAAAUCAAGCAUAUUGGCGAACCCAAUAUCAAAGAGUCCUAAUGAAAUGUUGAUCAAAAAGAACCAAGAGUUUGAUUGUGAGACUGCUGAUAAAAAUGUCUCCCUCUCUGCACGACAUGCUGAUCUUGAUACUUCAGUAUUUACAUUUAAACCAAGUUUAAACAUGGCAAGCAUUAAAAUAGCGGAAACCUUAAAUAGUGAUUUCAUGUCCCGCCAACAGCAACAUAUAGAAAACCAAAGAAAACAUAUAAAGAAAGCUGAUCAUCAGUUUAAGAAAAACCUCACCUUGUCUCCACAUUCAAAACGUUAUUCCACUAGAAUUUAUAAAGAUAAUGAUAUUAUUAGUGAAUCAGAGAGUGGGAAAGAGAAAGGAGACAAGUUCUCCUCUCCCACUAAUCAAUUUGAUAGUAAAGUAACUUCUGAUGAUAAUUUUGAAGAAACAUUAAAUGAAUUAGAAGACAUGCCAGCUGUAAGCCCACUAUCCAUUAACAGAAUGAAGACAACAACAUCACCCAAUCUUCAACGUUUGUUGGAAGGGCCUUAUGCUAACCAUGAUGUGUUGAAAUCCCAGAAGUCUCGUUUUAAUAAUCAUGGCGUUUUGCCUCGUCCUCGUCCAAAUGGAGACAGCACCGAUGGUGAUAAAGAAAAUGAUGCCCCUAGUAAUUUCACCCAAUCUCGAAGUAAAACUAUGCCGACAUUAAAUCGACCUAAAGCUGGUCGUAAAAUGUCACUGGUAGCUGAUGGAGAACGUCUUCGAAAUGCUAAGGAAAUCGUGGAAAAGGCAAUCAAGUUUCGUAAAAUCUUUACUAUUCAAGGCGGUUAUGCUAGUAUACGACAGAGUUUACGUAAGAGAGGCUGGGUAGAAAAGUUUUAUAAAACAACAGGUCCUGUCAAACGUGCAUCUCGUACUAAAAGAAGAAAGCAGAACUCUGAGAGUGAUGAUAGUGAUGGAGAUGAUGAUGAUGAUGACGACGAUGAUGAUGAUGGAACAGAUGAUGAUAAUGAUGAACCUAAGAUUCCACCAUGGGAAGAGGAUGAUGGUAUUUAUGGUAUUAUGUCAAGAAUGGUGAGAAAUGUAAAUCCAGUGUUUUUCUGGGUGUUAAAGAGAGAUGUAAUAGAUUAUCGUUUUUUACUGCGUGAGCAGAUGGUUAACCAUUAUUGUAAAGCUGGUUCAUUUACAACUAAGGUUGGUUUGUGUGUUAAUUUAAGAAAUGUGAGAUUAUUUGAUAAUGCUGAUCAAGACUCAUUUUGUCCCCGUUGCUAUAGAUUGAGUCAUGAGGAAGACAAAGAAGCUUUUACAGAGGAUUACAGAUUAUCAGCGUGUAUGAAUAUAGUUAAGAUUAUUCACAAUGUGUGUGUAAAUAGUAGCACACAAAACAUAGAACCUAAACCGAGUGCCGAUAAAUGUGUCACCAUUAACAUCAAUUCUGUAACUAAUACCACUGAAACGGUUCUUACAUCUAAGUCGUCUGCUAAAACCGGUGAUAAACAAAAUGUAACUAAGGAAACAGUUAUUAAUGAAAUAGUGCCAGAUACUGAAAAUUUAAGCGAAUCGAGAGAGAAACAGUCACAAGAUUCUGAAAAGGAGAUUGUUAAACCCAGUUGUAAAGAUCCUAAAUGUGCAGAAAUUACGAAAGAUGGCACCAAAUGUGUUCAUUUAGAAGAAGAUGAGAUUAAAAUUAAAGAGGAAAAAAGAAAAGAAGAAGAAAAGAAAUUAGAUGAAAGCAAGAAAUUAAAUUUGUCUCCUAGAGGAAGUGGUAAUCCAACUCAAUCAAAAACGUCUCCACGUGGUGCUAAGAAAAAGAAGAAAAAGAUGGUUGUACCAGUUCAAGCUUUAGAGCUGGCUGUAAUGCAGUGUGAAAAGUUUUUACGAUUUAAUUUACAUGAAGAUAUUGAUGAGACAAAUGAGACUGCUUGCUUGAGCGAGGAAAAAUGGGAUCAGUUAUUACAAUGGUAUUAUAAUCUUGCACAUGAUGAUGGUGUUAUAAUGUCAGUACCACAAGUAUUAAUAGAGAAAUGUGAUAGUUUAAUGAAUAGACUAAAGGCUAGAUGUCCACAGUUUGAAUUAGAUGGUGUUAAGAAUGUGUGGAUUGUUAAACCUGGUGCUAAGUCCAGAGGAAGGGGUAUUGUGUGUUAUGAUAAAUUAGAAGAUAUGUUAAAACUAGUCAGUUCUCAAGUUGUUAGAAAAGAUAGUAAAUAUGUAGUGCAGAAAUAUAUAGAACGGCCAUUAUUAAUCUAUAAUACUAAGUUUGAUAUAAGACAGUGGUUUUUGGUGACAGAUUGGAAUCCUCUAACGAUAUAUUUCUAUCAAGAUAGUUAUCUUAGAUUCUGUUCUCAACAAUAUACUCUAGAUGAUUUUGAUGAAUCAAUCCAUUUAUCAAACAAUGCCAUACAGAAACAUUAUAAAAAUGGCCCUCGAUCUACAUCUCUACCAUCUGAUAAUAUGUGGACACAUGAACAGUUUAAAGAUUAUCUUAAAUCGAAGAAGCAAGAUAAUUUAUGGGAAGAACUAAUUUAUCCUGGUAUGAAAAAAGCUAUUCAGUGUGCUUUAUUAACAGCUCAAGAUCUGAUAGAAUAUAGAAAGUCAUCAUUUGAAUUGUAUGGAGCUGAUUUUAUGCUAACAGAAAAUUAUCAUCCAUGGUUAAUUGAGAUCAAUUCUUCACCAAGUAUGGAGGCCAGUACUGCUGUUACAGCUAGGAUGUGUAAUAGUGUUUUAGAUGAUACAAUCAAAGUUGUAAUAGAUAGAAAGCACGAUAGAAACUGUGAUAUUGGCCGUUUUGAGUUAGCUUUUAAACAACCAGUUGUGUCUGUACCCCCUUAUAUAGGCAUUAACUUACAAGUUGAUGGACAAGCAAUCAAAAAACCAAUAGGCUAUAAGAAACCAGAAAUAGUCCAAUCAACGGACUUCUUCUCACCUAAACAAUCACAACAAAAUUUGACUGCAAAAUCACCAGAUUUGAAAAGUGUUACUUCAAAUAGCAACAAUCAAGCUAAUAGUGAUUCUAAAAAAAAGGAAACAGUAUUGACCCUCACUGACGUUGGUCAGAAAAAAGACAAUGUGGCCAAAAAAUCUCCAGUACAAGGUGCUCCAUCAAAAUCAAAUAUAAGUACAAUGCUGAAACAGCUGCCAAAAGCAGGGACCUCGUCUGUUGAAGCCAGCGGCUGUGAUUAUAAAUUACAGUCUUCGGUUAGCGACACUGGUAUCAGUAGAUCACAGUAUUAUUAUAACCAGCCAGAAGUUCCACCGCCAAAGGUCAUUAAAUCGGGAGGAGCCAAUCGUGUACCAGAACCUCCGUCUCAUCCGAAAGUUUGUUUGCAGACACCUUACAUGGCUGUAGGGAAUAGACGUAUUGUUUCCAAAACGUCUGUCUCUGUGAAUUACAAUAUUCCUGGAAUUCCAUCUGAAAAACAAUCAAGAGCUGCUGCAGUUACAGUUAAAAACGUGGAAACAACUGACCUUCGAAAUGUCAAAGGUCAAAAAGGUAGAAGAAGAAUUAAGGUCAAAUCAAAAGCUUUAUCCCCUUACGUUAAUCGACAUACUCCUCUUAAGUUAGCUAUGUCUAGUAGAUCAAGAUCACAAUCACAUCUGGUGCUACAUAAACUGCCUGUUAUAAAGGUGCAUAUUUUUAAUCGUCAUGGUUAAAUCUCUUCAUCUCACAGCAAGCAAUCUGCACACUAAUUAAGGUCUAACACAACUAAUACCAACAAUGUGGUGUCGGAUGUGCAGUGAAUGUGGUUAUGGAACCAAUCUACACUUUCACGCUGUCAAUCCAAACUGUAAAUGUCGAAGAGAUAGAAUACUUGAUUAUCUUAUUAAUUCACG